GGUCAUGAAACCCGAGUUCUGCACUGCUACGUGGACGAAACACCAUCGUCUCCCAUUACCGAGUUUGAUUGUCUGGACUCCGAUAACUUUGAUGAGGAACGUGAUAAUGAGGAGAUGAUGGUGGUGGUGGAGGCGAAGCGGAAGGAAUUUUCACCAGAGGUCCUCAUGGCAGCUGCAGAAGCCCUCGACCCGCUUUUUGGUACGGAAGAACAAUACGAGACUGUCCGCGAGCACCUAGAGCUCGCCUACGAUCGCAGUAUCAAGAAGGACGAAAUCUAUUUCGACGACUAUUACACGCAGCGCAGGUCGCAACUUGAUGUCUUUGAGAGUGAUAGAGAGAAGCUAGAUAAACGCUUCCCUCCUUCGAAUUCCAUUAUUUAAUAAAUGCGUACCCAUCAUAACUGCCACGUGACAAAGUUUUUAGAAUAGGAAAUACUAAAAGGGGAAUAGUAGACUGUGUUCUGAUUGGCCAAAAAGCAAGAAAUCCUUCAAUUUGCAAAUU